AUGACGAUUGUUAUUCUCUGCCGAGGAAAUUGCAGCCUUUCUGAAUGCAUUUCUACGUACAUGGUUGCCAUGGCAGCAGGAGAUCUGUUGGUCAUACUCAUCAAUGUCAUGAUAUAUUAUGUUUUCAGUUAUCACUUCCCACAUUCAUUCCUGUCUCACACUCCUGUGUGUAAGUUCAUUAUAUACAUGACAGUUAUCACUUUUGAAUUAUCUGUUUGGUUCACUGUCUCUUUCACCUUUGACCGUUUUGUAAUCAUCUGCUGCCCGAAAUUUAAAAGGAUAUACUGCACCAAGAGAACUGCAGUCAUGGUUAUGAUGAUAUUCUCCACCAUGAUCUUUACAAAGAACAUUCCUGUUUUAUUCGCAUAUGAACCAGAACUAAUAAUUAACAACUUCCAGUGGGGCUGCCUUGCAAAUCUGGUCUAUUUCUCCUCACCCUUUGGUGUAGCAUGCUCUUGGUUUCACAGUGUCUGGUGCAUUUGGUUCACAUUUACUUUAAUUAUCUUGUUCAAUUCUUUGACAGUGAGACAAAUAUUAGUGACCAGUAGAGCCAGAAGAGCUCUCCGGAGCCACAACAAUAAGAAUCAGAGUGAUUCGGAGAUGGAGAACCGAAGGAAAUCCAUCAUUUUACUCUUCACUGUAUCAGGGAGUUUUCUAUUGUUGUGUCUGACAGCCAAUGUGAGCUUUGUAAUUACAAGAAUGACAAACACAACUUACUAUCGAGCAGAUCAUGCAUCCCCUGCUUAUCUCACCACUGAGACUGGAGCUAUGCUGAAGCAUUUGAGUUCUAGCACAAAUACAUGCAUCUAUACAGCUACCCAGAGGAAAUUCAGGGAAGAAUUAAAGAAGGUGCUAAAGUAUCCCUGGGCAUUAAUUGCAAGAUUAUCUAAAAUGUUGCAACACUGA